GCGGCGGCGGCAGCAGCGGAGCCUCUCACCGGGAUUACAAAGAGGGAAAAACACGCCUGGGACGGAGCUCACCACCGGCGGGAUUAAGUCUAACCCCACCCGAGGAUGAGACUCGCCCCGCGGGCUUGAAGGAGAAUCGAACACACGCCGUUAUUCCCCCUGAUUUAGCUCCGCUUUUUUUUUUUUAGCGAAAAUGGCGAACGACUCUCCAGCUAAAGCUCUGGUGGACAUAGACCUCGCUUCUCUGCGGGAUCCUGCUGGGAUCUUCGAGCUGGUGGAGGUAGUGGGAAAUGGCACCUAUGGACAAGUGUACAAGGGUCGACAUGUCAAGACUGGACAACUGGCGGCCAUCAAGGUCAUGGAUGUCACAGAGGAUGAAGAGGAGGAAAUCAAGCUGGAAAUUAACAUGCUCAAGAAAUACUCUCACCACAGAAACAUAGCCACCUACUACGGAGCCUUCAUCAAAAAGAGUCCACCAGGCCACGACGACCAGCUAUGGCUGGUGAUGGAGUUCUGUGGUGCCGGUUCCAUCACAGAUCUGGUGAAGAACACCAAAGGCAACACACUGAAGGAGGACUGGAUCGCCUACAUCUCCCGAGAGAUCCUCAGGGGAUUAACUCACCUACACGCUCAUCAUGUCAUCCACCGUGACAUCAAGGGACAAAACGUGCUGCUGACUGAAAACGCUGAGGUCAAACUGGUGGACUUUGGUGUGAGUGCUCAGCUGGAUCGGACGGUAGGUCGAAGGAACACCUUCAUCGGGACGCCAUAUUGGAUGGCUCCAGAGGUCAUCGCUUGUGAUGAAAACCCAGAUGCUACCUAUGACUACAGGAGUGACCUGUGGUCUUGUGGAAUCACAGCUAUAGAGAUGGCUGAAGGAGCUCCUCCUCUGUGUGACAUGCAUCCAAUGAGAGCCCUCUUCCUCAUCCCCAGAAACCCCCCUCCUCGACUGAAGUCCAAAAAAUGGUCAAAGAAGUUCUUCAGCUUCAUUGAGGGCUGCCUGGUGAAGAAUUACACUCAACGUCCCCCCACUGAUCAGCUGCUGAAACACCCCUUCAUCCGGGACCAGCCAAACGAGAGGCAGGUUCGCAUCCAGCUCAAAGACCAUAUCGACCGAACCAAGAAGAAGAGGGGCGAGAAGGAUGAGACUGAGUAUGAAUACAGUGGCAGUGAAGAAGAGGAGGAGGAGGCGUCUGAGCAAGAAGGAGAGCCGAGCUCCAUCGUCAACGUGCCGGGUGAGUCGACCUUGCGCCGCGACUUCAUCCGGUUGCAACAGGAGAACAAGGAGCGCUCGGAGGCUCUGCGCCGCCAACAACACCUCCAGGAGCAGCAGCUCCGCGAGCAGGAGGAAUACAAGCGCCAACUACUGGCCGAGAGGCAGAAACGUAUCGAGCAGCAGAAGGAGCAGAGGAAACGGCUGGAGGAGCAACAACGGCGUGAGCGUGAGAUGAGGAGGCAGCAGGAGCGCGAGCAGCGCCGGCGCGAGCAGGAGGAGAAGAGACGCAUCGAGGAGAUGGAGCGGCGUCGAAAAGAGGAGGAGGAGCGCAGGAGGGCCGAUGAGGAAAAGAGGAGAGCCGACCGUGAACAGGAGUACAUCCGUCGCCAGCUGGAGGAAGAGCAGAGGCACCUGGAAAUCCUGCAGCAGCAGCUGCUCCAUGAACAGGCCAUGCUGCUGGAGUAUAAAUGGCGAGAGCUUGAGGAGCAGCGCCAAGCACAGAUACUCCAGAGACAGCUGCAGCAGGAGCAGGCCUAUCUGCUGUCCCUCCAGCAAAACCAGAACCUGGACAGUAGCAAAGCGGUACAGCAGCAGAGCGCCAAACCCCCACAGAACCAUGAUCCUGAUAGUGUAAAACCUCCGGAUACGACAAAACAGCCGCAGGGCACUGACUCUGAGAAGACGUGGCCCGGUCAAAACCACAGUCUGGAGAAAACUACAGACCCCGAGCUACCUGUCGCUGACCUGCAAAGCCCCGCCCCUGGCUCUGAGCGGGUCAGAGAGGCUGAUGACCGAUACCGAAAGAACAUCCAGGGUUCUCCUCAGGCAGCUCCGCUUAAACCGCCGCAGCCUCCAGUGCCGCCGCGCUCCGAGUCUUCCUACCCCAUCGCAGCAGCGGAGGCGCCGGCCAUGCACCGGCCUGUGGAUCCACAGGUUCGCUCCCAUUUGGCCGCUGUAAAGAGCAGCGGCAGCGUGGCGUCAAACUCCUGUGCCACCGCGCCGCCUCUGGUGUCGCAGUUGCACUCCUUCAGCGAGCCGCUCGCCCCUAGCUUUGAAAACCUUCACCUUCGCAACAACCAGGAACACCAUCACCCUCCUCCAUCUUCAUCACCAUCCUCAACAUCAUCAACGCCUGCACGCACUGACCCACAACCCCACACCCAGCCUAGGCCCUCGCACCAUGAAGCUGCUCCUUCAGAGGUCCCGCCCAGGGUUCCCGUCAGGACUACAUCAAGGUCGCCUGUGUUGUCAAGGCGAGACUCGCCUCAUCACCACGGCAACACCCCUCAGAGCAGCCAUGCUGUUCAUCGCAAUGCUGCCAGUGCAGCGGAGCCUCGGCUGCUGUGGGAGCGGGUUGAGAAACUGGUCCCCAGAGCAGCCAGUAACAGCGGCAGCGGAGGCACCAGUUCCUCCAGCAGCUCCAGUAACUCCAGCUCUCAGCCUGGCUCUCACUGUGGCUCAGGAGAGAGAUUCAGGGCUCGCUCCUCUUCCAAAUCGGAGGGCUCACCCCUCCAACGGCCAGAGAAUGCUGGGAAAAAAACAGAGGAAAAGAGGGACUUGGUCAGACCUAGCAGACCAGCGGACCUUACGGCUCUGGCCAAGGAGCUGCGUGCAGUGGAUGACGUUCGCCCCCCGAAUAAGGUGACAGAUUAUUCAUCUUCCAGUGAUGACUCUGACACCACCGAUGAAGAUGAUGAUGAAGAGGUGGACCAAGAGGCAGGUGAAGAGUCGACCUCCGGCCCGGAGGACUCCAGAGCUGUUUCUUCCAGGCUGAGCAACGGAGAAACAGAGUCAGUGAAAACCAUGAUCGUCCACGAUGAAGGCGAAAGUGACGCUGGGUCGACACCCUGCAAAGACAGCACUCUGAUCGUCAGACAGAGUGCAGGUGAUAACAGAAAGCGUCAGGGCCCUGGCCCGGGCCAAGCACAGACCGCUGGCCUGCUUGCAGGCUUUGCCCCAAGCCCUGGCCCAGGGUCAGGCCCGGGUCUAGGCCACCACACACCCAGUCCCCACCAUCAUCACCACCACCACCACCAUCACCCCACACAGCACGCAGACAGGAACGGCUUUGCCGGCCGCAUCCACCACCUCCCAGACUUGAUCCAGCAGAGCCAUCAUUCCACCCCCUCCUCCUCUGCAUCAAACUCCCCUUCCUCCUCCAGCCUCGCCAGCCCCUCCUCCAUGUCCCCCCAGAGUCCCCUGGAGAAGCUUGGCAUCCUCACAGAGAGCCAGUCGAGUAACAACCUGCAGAAACACAAAUCUUCCUCCUCCUUCACUCCGUUUAUCGACCCACGCCUCCUCCAAGUCUCUACAUCCACUGGCAGUGCCCUCAACAAUGUCGGUUACGCUAAUGACGCCCGGCUGGCAGAGGCACUGCGUCUUGACCCAUCAAGGAAGGGCUCCGUGGUCAACGUGAACCCGGUCAACACUCGGCCUCAGAGUGACACGCCAGAGAUCCGCAAAUACAAGAAGAGGUUCAACUCCGAGAUCCUGUGUGCUGCGCUCUGGGGAGUGAACCUGUUGGUUGGAACAGAGAGCGGUCUGAUGCUGUUGGAUCGAAGCGGUCAGGGAAAAGUUUACCCUCUUAUCAGCCGACGGCGCUUCCAGCAGAUGGACGUCCUGGAGGGACUCAACGUUCUGGUCACUAUAUCAGGUAAGAAGAACAAGCUCCGUGUUUACUACCUGUCCUGGCUGAGGAACAAGAUCCUGCACAACGACCCCGAGGUGGAGAAGAAACAGGGUUGGACCACGGUCGGAGACCUGGAGGGCUGCGUCCACUACAACGUCGUGAAAUAUGAGCGGAUCAAGUUCUUGGUUCUGGCUCUGAAAAACUCAGUGGAGGUCUACGCCUGGGCACCUAAACCCUACCACAAGUUCAUGGCCUUCAAGUCCUUUGGAGACCUGGUGCACAAACCUCUGCUGGUUGAUCUGACCGUGGAGGAGGGUCAGAGGCUAAAGGUCAUUUACGGUUCCGCUAAUGGAUUCCACGCUGUGGAUGUGGACUCUGGGGCUGUCUAUGACAUCUACCUACCCACACACAUCCAAACCCAUAUCCAGUCUCACGCCAUCAUCAUCCUGCCCAACACUGACGGCAUCGAGCUGCUGGUGUGCUACGAGGACGAGGGCGUUUACGUGAACACCUACGGGCGCAUCACCAAGGACGUGGUGCUGCAGUGGGGGGAGAUGCCCACCUCAGUGGCUUACAUCCGCUCCAACCAGAUCAUGGGUUGGGGGGAGAAGGCCAUAGAGAUCCGCUCGGUGGAGACUGGCCACCUGGAUGGUGUCUUCAUGCACAAGAGAGCCCAGAGACUCAAGUUCCUCUGUGAAAGAAAUGACAAGGUGUUCUUCGCCUCCGUUCGGUCUGGAGGCUCCAGCCAGGUCUACUUCAUGACUCUGGGCCGAAGCAACCUGCUCAGCUGGUAGAGGUCCACACCUGCCCUCCUCCUCCUUCUCCUCAUCUUCCUCGAUGUCCUCUCCACCCUCGCUAACACUGGAUCUCAGAACCCAACGUCGAUGUCUCGUCAGCCCUCAGACAACCAAAAGAGAACAACAAUCAACCUUUGUUGAGCGGUCAACUGCGAUCGCUCCACCUUCUCUCUGGAGUCCAGUCUCCGGGGGCGACCUGCCACACAGUGACAGCCGGUCCCACCUUCAUCAUGCCCGGAAAUGAACUGAAGUAACGGCUUGUGUAUACGAUUAAAAUCAGUGACUAAUUAAUACAUGAAAGGAAGUAGAAAUAACUUAAAUGUGAAUUCAAGACGAGUGGGCAAUCGCAAAUGGGAUAGAUUUUGUACGUCUGCAUCGUUUCCUGUGCUCCUCGGCUCAGUAAGCUUGAGGUCUUCUACUACUACUAGUACUGCUACCACUAUUAUUACUACUACUGCUACUUCUGUCUGCAGGUCUGCCUCUUGUAAGGGAGUCACCCCUCUGCCCCCUGUUUUUGCCCUCCGCCUUUUCUCGUGAGCAUUUCACGGGGCUGGCGGGGUCAGAGUCUGUUGUAUUAAUGCUACAGUGGUGUGUGUAAAUGUACUUCUGUUUGGUCCAAUUGCUGCUGACGUGCUGGUUAGAGGUCCAGACUGUCAGCCAGGGGCGGAAACUGUAAGAUGCUGGAGUUGGUGGGACAUCACGGUGAGAUGGAAGGAGCCUGAUAUCCAAGGUUUUACCAUAAGUUGGGAUUCAGUCGGAGGGGUUGUGUGUGUGUGUCAUUGAAGUGUUGUGUUGAUCGGACGGUUGCUUUAAAGAAAAAAAUAGAGGGGCGGUGAUGAGAGAAAGAAAGAGAUGUUGAAGCUGAUGGAUUUCAGAAUAGUAUUUUUUGAAUUGUAACUAUUAUUAUUCCUUGAAGAUUAGUGUAACUAUGUGGAGUUAAACAUGUCUUUUACCUUGUUUUUUUAAAAUUCACACACAUCCACCCAUAGUCCACACGGUCAGGUUGCUUUUACUCCGAACCCACAGGAGUGUGAGGUGCGUUUGACAAGGAAGAAAGUCAUGUGGGUGUGGUCCAAAAAAAGGUUAAAUAAAAUAAAAGGUGUCUAUGUACAACAUUUAAUUUAAUCUUCCAGAGAGAGUCAGUGGUCAUGGCCACCAAAACUCAAUGUGGGUAGGGCGGUCACCUGUAGUCUCUCAGCUUGAGAAACUUGAACUGCUGUGAAUAUAGUUGAAUAUAAAAUGGAGGGGGGAAAAGAUAAUGGAGUUUAAAGUAGAACCGAAGGUUCAGUGUGUGUGAGUGCGGUCGGAGAGUUCAGUGUCAUCGGCGUAUUGGUUUAUCUUGGCAGAGAUGUGAACGUGUGGUCAUACAGCAGCAGAGUUUUUUCUCUGGGAGAUGGUUCUUCCAUUUCUUUUUCCAAAUCAUUUUUCAUUUGUAUCAUUUUGUGUGAAUGCAAUGCACUAUGUGUCAAGAAUGUAGAAAGACAAAUUACUGUGUGGUGGUCCAAGGCAUGAGAUGAUGUAAUUUUUUUUGCUUUGUAUCUUGUCACAAGUGAUCGAUACUAGAUGUUGAACUUUGAGUUAAGACGACAGGAAGCUGCAGCAGCCGAGCCUCUUCGUCAGGUGUAGAUAUUAACCCGGGGGGGUGGAGUGGGGUUGGGGGCGAUUCCGUAUUUGUUUUGCGACCUUUCCCACAGCUGUAAGAGUGCGUGUGUGAGCUUUGAGCUGAGGAGGGUUCUCUGCGAGUCCACUCUUUGCCAUCAAGUGAGGACAUAAACCUUUCCCAUGCAACAUGGAGCAGAAAAAGCUGUUUUCGAAGAAAAUCAACACGGAAUCCAACUUUCCUUUUCCUCGGGAAGGAGCGGUUUUCACUAUUUUAGUGCUCCCCUCACUUCCUGCUCCAGCUGUUAUAUCGGGUCGUCUGUAUAUGUGAAAGACUGAGCAGCAACUGCAGCAUCGAUCUCCUCCUCCAGGCUGGGUUGGAGUUUCCUCUGUUUCCAUGAUACUCCGAAAGAUUGCACAUCAUUCACUGAGAAAAAAAUACAGGGGCAAGGGGGAGUUGAAUUUGUGCUCUGACCUCAUGUCAAACACAUCAGGUCACAAACAAGUUUACCAUGGUUGUGUUUUUCCCCUGACGACAACAAUUAACACACAAUGCUCCCCUUGUACAGAGAAGCUGUGUGGACCCCAGUGCUGUGUCGUCUGAGGUCUGUGUGCAGUAGUACCUGUGUCUCUUAUUGCAUCAAGGCCUUGAUGAGUGGCUCUAGUGACUUCAUGAAAUAAAAAAAUGUGGUAAUUAUUCGUAUUCUUAAUGGGCUCAAGUUUUAGGUCUACAUCUGAUGAAAAAAAGCAAUCGAUCGCCAAAUUUCAUUGGAAAAAGUGCCAUGAGGGCAGCACUUCAAAACAUGUAAACAUAUUAUUCUAAAAACCACUACUUGGAAAUGUUUGUUUUUUUCCAAACAAUAAAAAAAUCACUUGAAGCAUUGUGAAUUUUUAAUUUAGAGCUAGUGGAGAGGCUUAACUAUAGUUUCUGUUGUUUCUGUAGGUCUACGUACGCGUAAAUAUGCGACUGCGGUGGUUUAAUAUAAUUCCGCUCACCUUAGGUUGAGAAUAUGUUUACAGAGGCAAUGUUUUGUUACACUAAUGUGCAUCACAGUAUUUAUGUUUAACGCACAUGCGUUUUGGUUCUUUUGUUUUUGAGCCCUUUUAUUUUGGUUAAUUCUUUUUAUUUUGUCAUGUUCCCCACCCCACUGAAUCACCUACAUACAAAACAAUAAAGAACACGCGUGUUGUUCAUUUCAGGUAUUCACAUAGCGGCGCUUCGACGUGGAACCAUUGCAGUAAUGUUCCCUGCUGGCUUGGACGUGAGGCGACAUAUUUUUUCCUCUGCUGUUUCUGCCAUGCUACUCUAACUUAUGUCCUCUGUGUGUAUGACAGGAAGUCAUGUAUUUUCCUGAAGGCUUUUUUUCUUUGAAUAAACUUUAAAAGUAA